CUACAGUUUGGCACAUCAUCACAAUUUGAUGAUACGAGUCGGCCAUCCAAGCUUCUCAAAAGUCGACUUGUUGGUCCCGCCGUUUCCGAUCUCUAUCAAAGCCCCCCUAGGCAGACCGAGCCUCUCCUUCACUGAAUUUAGUCAAGUCCGUUUAUCCUGUUAUCAGUCUUACAUACUCACGUUGUGACGUUAAUAACUUGGGUUGGCAUGGAUCCCCGUUUCCCGGUUUCCCGUGACGAAUUCUACAGUGUCCAAAUGGACGUCAAGCAGAUGCAGAUGAUACAGAAUAACCAUGCUGAACGAAUUUCCCGGUUGGAGAAGCACCAAGCUAACGAUGCUGCGAUCAAAUCCGUUUGGAACUCGCCGUUUCCCAGCGCUCUAAGCGGUACGCCACAGCAUGGGCCACUUCAGAUGCCUCCAAACGAAAUUUUUGACGAUUUUGAGGAGCAGGGUCAGAGCCUUCUGGGAAGUUUGCACUUGGAUGCUGAGGAUGAACCAACAAGACGCGGCGCAGCUUCUAGAGCGAAUAGUGUUCGCUUCGAUGAGAGUGCUCUCCAGGGUUCGAGCUGGGCACAAAAUGGUCGCCAUUCAGGCGACUUCGGUCCAAUCAGACCCGGCAGCGGCCUUGGCAACCAUAACAUGAUGGAACGCUCUCUGUCUCACAAGUCGGAUGGUAGACAUAGCUCUGCCGGCCAUUCGGUCCACUCUCACCAUUCGAUCGCCUCCGGACGCGGAAGUAGCUUAGGUAUAGACACUACGUUUACGCCCGCCGGUCAAGAUGACGAUUCGCCGAUUGGGAUUCCAGAGCCACCGCCGAGCCUGUUUGUGUUGGGUUCCGUGCCUUCAAUCAUCCGAUGCUGGCUAGCUCCUAAUUUUGCACACGAUACUCUACUAUACGCAGUCGUGUGCACUGGGUCGCAGAAGUCUGUUGUCGAAUUUUCUCUGAUCAAAGAAUUGGACUUGACACGUGAUAUUCAUCGCGAUUUGGAUGGUGUUCACCGAAUUCGUUUACCCGUGUACUUGACAGAGGCAACUGUGUCUCAACCGAGUUCUCGAGGAAUGAGUCCAGCUCCGCAGAUACCGAGUUUGACGUGCACGUUCGAAGUAGCAGGGGUAGAUCUACCCGACAAUAUUGACGCCAAAAAGACUAUUCGCACUUUCAUUGGUAGCGAGGCAUUGAGAGAACAUUGUGCCGAUAUUCUGUUCUCGCAGAAUCGUAUGACACUGUACAGUAGCGAGCGUGAGAAACUAUCUGUACCCUUCGUACGUCCCGAAGAUAAUGGAAUCUUCAAGCAUAUUCGUACGAUGGCUAUCUUCCCCGAGAAACCGAAGUUGAACGCCACGGCGCGCCCAUUUGUCUUGGGCGAAGCCAAGUCACAAGCAACCACGGCCACGGAGUCUGACAGAGCCCAGACGAGAGAAGUGCAUGGCGAAGAUGACACCCGAGCACUUGCAUCGCCAUCUUCGGAACUAGCGAGCCAGCAGGCCGCAACUGUCGGGGCAAGUAGCUUAUCAGAAAGUGGUGGUGAAAGUGAGAGGCACUACAAGGAGAUGAGUAGCUCGGAGUCGGGUGCGAAGGAGUCCCAAGUUCAGCCGAAUGAUGCACCAAGUGACCAUCAGCGGCGGUCUUCAGCGGCAGGAAGCAUCUGGAAUUCGUGGCGCCAUGGACCUGCUCUGAAUGGCAACGAACAAAAGGAUGCUUCCCCGCUGAGUGGAUAUCAGCCUGCUGGGCGUGGGGUUCGGAGUAUGAAAGUUCUGAAACCGACAAAAUCGACGGCAUCUUCGUCCUCAGCACGAACGGGAACGUCUUACGAACCAACUUCGGCGCCCAAAAGUAGCGUCGAACCUAGACGUAAGAGCCAUGCCGGGGCAGAUAGUGUCAGCAAUAGCAGUAGCAGUAUCCGAUGGGAAUCGAAGCGAACGGUGUCUAGUAGCGUGGAACCGAAGGCGAACACAACUACGCGUGAGGCUCGAAGCGCAUCGGGAACGCCGCGUACUUCUGCAAAUCCUAUUGGUAGCGCAUCGGCUUUUUCGUGGAUGAGUUCGUCGGGCAAGCCAAGAACGCCGACUGCAGCAGCUGAGUAAAGAGCAGCACACUUGGACAGGAGUGAGCUCUAUGAGAUAACGGAGUAAUGCUUGAUGAUGGUUUGCUGAGCUCAUGUGUUAAUGCUCUCUGCUAUGAUUCCAGUAGUUCUACUUCGUCGUAGGUAGACAUGAUUAGGAAAAGAAUAAAAAGAAAUGCCAGAUAGGUAAAUGACAUCAGUCAUACUAUACGUAAAUUAAACCUUAGGUAGCUAGAAGGGCUAACAAGUACCUAGUGGCUCAUGAGCUUCACGUACUUGUGUGCAUUAGUUCGGCCCAGACCUGACUAUCAGAUAGGGUGGGUAUAUUGAUGAGAGUAACAUGUGGAAAUGUGGAAUAAGUUGAAGACUAACCCCGCUAGUUACAUACCUUAGCUGCUUAGUUACUUAAUACCUAUAUCAUACUA